AUGGGAGGCUACCUUUCAGUACAGAGCAAAGAAAAGCGUCGCCGCACCAAUCGGCUUUCAAAACCGCCUCCGAAUAGGGCAACGCUAGCUUCAAACAGCUUCCGCGCAUCUCGUCAAACUUCCGGCACCAGCUCUCCUAUAGAAUGCCCUGCUUGUACUGCUUGGCAAGACCCUUGGACCGGAACUUCCAUCUCCCUCAAGGCCCCUGAGCCUGAUGUAUGCACAAGGAGGUCGCAAUCUCUUCCAUCUGCCUCCUAUCGACCUGGGGAGCCAUGGCCCACUCUCAGCAGGGCCCGGAAAUGCCAGUCUAUGGUCAAAGAGCCAGAUGAUUUUAGUCUGUACUCGCCCGUUCCUACCGUUCCUAUGCCAGAUCCCGUUAUGAGCGGUCAAGUCUCUCGCCGUUCUUCCAGACACAAUAGCUUUCAGGCAACAACUCUCCCAAGUCGAGCACAACCAUUGAUGGCACGGCCACCGCGACCAAGACGGGCGUAUUCUGCGCAUACCACACCUCAGAGGGCGCAAAGUACUAUGCAUCAUAGUACAAUCGAAGAGGCAACGUCUUCUAAUACACUAUUCAGGGUAGACAGCCAAGGAUUUUCUCUCAUCCGUCGACGAUCGCUGCUAACACGGCCCGGGAUCGCAACAAGAAGGCCACCAAGAGAUACAGCCCGAAGAUUGUCAUCACCAGUUGUACGGGGACCCACGAUGUCACUCAACUAUUUGAACGAGACAUCUGCAUUUCCAAGACCGUUACCAUCCGGUUACGAAGAUGCUGCUGGAUCACCUAGUCCGGCUACCCGGUUCCGUCCAGCAACACCCAAUGAGUUCGAAUAUACUCAUUUAGGGGCUCUCAAGUUAGGAUCAUUGCGUGUGGUAAAUGGUUCUGCAUCUCCAUGCCCCAGUGACAGAACUCGAUUGAACCGUCCCAACAGCCCGAAUCCUGAACCUACUGGCAUUCACACGCAUGAUACGAAGUCGGGAGAGCCCCAGCACUCUACCCACAAGGUGCCAUACCAUAUGAAUCAGAAGCCGCAGUUAGCUUCUGAAAGUGCAGACGAGCAAUCCCACAAUGCUGAGAUUGUGCAAGACAGCGGACAUGAAGUGGAUCUAACCAGCUUUGAUCUAUCGAACAUCCAGGACUAUGCCUCUGAGAGUGCAAUUGAGCAAUCCCGGAAAGCUGAGAUCGUCCGGGACAGCGCACUUGAAAAAGUUGAUCUAACCAGCUUUGAUAUCUCAAACAUCCAAGACUAUGCUCCGGUUCCAUGUAACGAUACUGCCCGUGUUCCAAAGUUACAGAUUCCACCUACUGAAGUGGGAAAGCCUGACGAUCACCCUGCAAGUCCAUUUUCUUUCGAGAGAUCUCCAGCAACUUCAACACCGUACAAACUUCGUGGUAGUGAAACAGAAGAUGAAGGUAUCUCUGUCGCUGAUGAGGAGAAAUGGUUUGUCCGCCAGCUUGAACGUUCCUUCCGAGACCACGGGCAUCGAGAACUUCAAGGUGCUCAUGGAACGGUUGACAGCGGAUACAGUUCUGCAGCCUCCGUUCGUUCCACUAGACGAUCGACUGAUUCUCGCACAUCCACACACCAACCUGCAGUGGCCCGCAGAUUCACAUUCAAUGGAACAGCCCAGAACUUGGCUACGAGCCCUCGGUACACCGUCAUUCAAGCCUUCAAGGCCCAUGGGCAAGGCCCAGAGUUGACAGCCAUGGCUGGCCGUCCCACAGAUGGUCAAUGUGUCAUGACCUCCGACCGAUGCCCCCCAAACCCCGCCUAA